AUGGAAGAGACAAUUCCAGUGAUUGAUGUUGAAAAUCUUUCAGAUCAGUCUGAAUGCGAGAAGCUAAGAGAUGCAUGUGAAAUAUGGGGCUGUUUCAGAACAAUCAACCACUCUAUUCCUUUAACUCUUAUGGCUGAGAUGAAGACGGUUACUGAAGCUCUUCUUGAUCUUCCUAUGGAGAUCAAGAAAAACAACAAAGAUGUAAUUGCUGGAAGUGGUUACAAGGCACCAAGUGAUGUUAAUCCUCUUUAUGAAGCUUUAGGACUCUAUGAUUUGGGUUCUUCACAAGCUAUGCAAGAUUUCUGCUCUCAGCUAAAUGCCACACCCUAUCAGAGGCAAGUAAUGGAGGCAUAUGGUAAAGCAAUAUAUGAUUUGGCAGUAAAAAUAGGAGAAAAAAUGGGUGAAUCACUAGGCAUAUUUGGUGCUGAUUUUGAAGACUGGCCAUGCCAAUUCAGAAUUAACAAAUAUAACUUCACUCCAGAAGCUGUAGGGUCCCUUGGAGUUCAACUCCACACAGAUUCAGGGUUCUUAACAAUCCUUCAAGAUGAUGAAAAUGUUGGUGGUCUUGAAAUUAUAAACAAUUCUGGCUCAUUUGUUUCUGUCCCUCCAUUUCAUGGAACCCUCCUAGCCAAUCUUGGGGAUAUUGCUAAAGUAUGGAGCAAUGGAAGGUUUUGCAAUGUGAAGCACCGUGUGCAAUGCAAAGAAGCUACUAAACGUUUUUCGAUUGCCACAUUUAUGUUAGGACCUAAAAAGGGAAAUGUUGAGGCUCCAAUAGAGGUGGUGGAUCAUGAUCAUCCACGUCUAUAUCAACCUUUUGUUUAUGAAGAUUAUAGAAAACUCAGAGUUUCCAACAAGAUGCAUACUGGUGAAGCUCUUGAGUUAUUACGCUUGGUUUAA